UGUUCAUCCAGCCCUGCACUUUGUUGUCUUGGAUUCUCCAGCAUCUGCAGUUCCUACUAUCUCUGAUCGCAAUGAAUCGAUUGUAUUUGACGUUGGUGUCCGUGAUCUGCAGCGGAAAGCUCCUCAUCGUCAUGACGGUGCCACCCAACGUCACGGACCAGAUUCAUGUUCCAGUCGGUGAGGGAGAUUUCUUCUGUUACUUCGGUUAUGGAAGUAAUUUGCUGCGGGAACGGUUGCGGCUUCAGAAUCCUUCGGCUGUGCAGGUCGGUGUGGGCUACUUGAGGGGCUAUAAGCUUGCAUUUGGUUUCCCUGAUUUGCAAGAGAGCGCAUGGGGAGGAGGUGUGGCUACUGUUAUCCCAAGUCCUGAAGAUGUUGUAUGGGGCGUUAUAUGGCAAUUGGAAUCUGCUGAUCGGCCAUCUUUAGAUGAUCAAGAAGGUGUAAAAAUAGGACUAUACAUUCCAACACAAGUUAACAUUCAACGAGAAAAUACAGGAGAAGUGUUGUGUCAGACCUACCAAAUGAAUAACUUUCGUUCUGCCCUGCCAUCUCCACUUUACAAAGAGGUAAUCUGUACAGGUGCAAAACAGAGUGGAUUGCCUGCUGAAUAUAUUAAGAAGUUGGAUGCAAUAAAAACAAAUAAUUACAAUGAAACCACCCCGUUUACAAUCCAGAUCAGAAUGAUAUUACGUCAUCUACGGAAUGACACAUCAGAAUGAAAGAUGCUUUUUGAAAGGUUAUUGUCUGUGGCUACAAGACAAAUGAAUUAAACAUGCUGAUCCCUUGGGAUUUUGUUAAAUUGGUUGAGAUGUAAAAUUGUACAAAGUUUGAGAACUUGACAAUAAAUGUAAUUCAAACUGCUGCAUGUAAUUGAAGUUACAGUGCAAACAUUGUUGAUAGAAUUUACUUGCCUUUUUCAGUUAUUACUCAUUUGAUUUCAAAUAUUUGAAAUGUGAUAUCUGUUUAUGCUUUUAUUUUAAAUGUUGAUCUUGGACAAAUUGAGUCCUCAAGCAAUGAAUCCUUGUUUCUUAAUCAAAAAGGCCCAAGUAAGAUUUGUUGGGCAUUGACAAAAAGACCUGUCCUAAUGUCUACUUUUACUGGACCAUAUAGCAAUUAUCAUGUGAUCUGGGAAAAUGUUAACAUGUUGUCAUUGUUAUCGCUUUAAGAUUUGGAAAUAUCCUCUUUUAGAAUUGUCAGAUUCCAUAACGGCUUUGUUAUAUUUCCAUUUAUUACUUCUUAGAAAAAAUUGUCAUAAGGCUUGCCUAGGAUUUUAUCAGGAGACAAUCACCUGGAAUGUGAUUUUUAAAUAGUGUAAUGAACAUGUAGUUUUCAAAAUAAAUUCAUCUUUGGGAA